GGGCGUGGCGUCGCGGCCGGCAUUACGUCACCGCUUUGGAGGCUGUGUGGGCGUGGUUUCCGGGGCAGGGGGCGUGGCCUGGCAGCAAUGGCGGCGCUGCGCGUUCUCGUGGGGGUGAAGCGCGUCAUUGACUUUGCUGUCAAGGUGCGGGUGGCGCCCGGCGGGGGCUCCGUGCAGACCCAGGGCGUGAAGCACUCGCUGAACCCCUUCUGUGAGAUCGCCCUGGAGGAGGCCGUGAGGCUGCGCGAGGCUGGCACUGCCAGCGAGGUCAUCGCCGCCAGCCUGGGCACCAAGGCGUGCCAGGAAACCCUCCGCACCGCCCUGGCCAUGGGCGCUGACCGGGCCGUGCUGGCCGAGCUGGCCGAGGGAGCGGCCGCGGGGCCCCGUGAGGUGGCCACGGCCCUGGCAGGGCUGGUGAAGAAACUGCAGCCGCAGCUGGUGCUGCUGGGCAAGCAGGCCAUCGAUGACGAUUGCAACCAGACCGGGCAGCUCCUGGCCGCCAUGUUGGACUGGCCUCAGGGCACAUUUGCCUCGCGGGUGCAGCUGGAGUCGGGCCACGUGCUGGUGGAGCGCGAGGUGGACGGGGGCCUGGAGACGCUGCGGCUGCGCCUGCCGGCCGUGCUGACGGCAGACCUGCGGCUCAACGAGCCCCGCUACGCCACCCUGCCCAACAUCAUGAAAGCCAAGAAGAAGCCCCUGGAGGUGCUGCCGGCCGCCGAUCUCGGGGUCCCCGCGGGGCCCCCCCGGCUGAAGGUGCUGCAGGUGCAGGAGCCGCCCCCGAGGGCCGGGGGGGAGAAGGUGGAGAACGUGGAGAGCCUGGUGGGGAAACUGAGGCACGCCGGGCGGAUCUGACACACCAGUAUAAACCAGUUGGUCCCAGUAUAACCCAGUGACACCCCCAGUGCCAUCCCUGGUCUGUCCCAGUUUGUUAUGGAGGGCCUGGUGGGGAAACUGAGGCACGCCGGGCGGAUCUGACGCACCAGUGCCUCCCAGUUCGUCCCAGUAACACCCCUGUGUCAUCCUUGAACCAUCCCAGUUCAUCCCAGUGUGUCCCAGUUCACCUCAGUGCCUUUCCAGUUCAUCCCAGUUUGUCCCAGUUCAUCCCAGUUCAUCCCAGUUCACCACAGUGCCUUCCCAGUUCAGAUGGGUUCGUCCCAGUUCGUCCCAGUUCAUCCCAGUCCCUCCCAGUCUGGCCCAGUUCCCCCCAGUGCCUUCCGCCUCCCGCCCCCCAAUAAAGGCGUGGCCAGUCCAUG